GUUGAGAAGCGCACUCCAGCAGAGGUGAAAAAAAAGUGGUCCGAUUCAAAGAUCGCCACAAAGAGGCGCGUCUCGGCACUAAAGAGGAACCAGAGUCAGACUGGGGGAGGCCCACCGGAUCCAAGUCUCCAGCUGACACCGAACGAGGAGCGGGUGGCAGCCCUCAUCGGAAUGGUGUCUUUGGAAGGUAUCACCGGUGGGGGAGAUACCGACGACAUUCAUGAUGAUGGCACUGCAGGCCCCAGCGCCCUCGAGGCAUCUCCCCCUCAGCCCAUCCAGGAGCCUGAGCCUAUCCUUGCGCCAGAGCCUAAGCAGGUGCAAGCGGGGGAAGCCGAGUCCCGUCCACCAGCCUCCCGUGCGCCACGGCCAAGGGUCCUGACGGAUGAGGUCCUGGAAAGACAGACAGAAACUUCCGUCUGCACACGCUGCUGUGCUUAA